AUGUUCUUGAGACCACAGUUUAUAUUGAGAUCAUUGACUCGCAAUCUUGGCUCGACAGCUGUAUUGGGUGUAGCUCAGAAGAACUUCAAAAUUUCCAAUAGCUCUGCUAUUAGUUCAUCAAAGUAUCUCAGACGGUCCAUUGUAAAGCAACCUCAGAUCAAAGAGUUAACGAACAAACUCGUUGAAAAUUUCAAGGUCAGUUCAUGUACAAGUGUCACUACGAGUGAGAGGUAUGACCUAGACAAAUGUUAUGACAUACUGGUGAAGAAAAAUUUCAAAAUUACGAAGUUGAUCCCCAAUGAAGUUCUACUGCUUGAGUUUGAGAAGGGGACUGUGUUUAUAAUGGGUUCAGACGGAGCAACUGUCAGUUGGGGUAUUGAAGAGAACGUUCUUCGUAGCGAGAUUAUUCCUCUAAUUGAAAAUGCAUGUAUCAAUCCACUAUCUGAGAAUGAGUUCGAGAUCGAAGACAUGGAUUAUAUUGAGUUGAGGAAAAGUGAAGAUUUGAGUUUUGUUCAGGAUAUUUGUGAUAGGGAGGAUGAUAACAGUUUCCUUCUGGGAGAUCUGAUAAUGAUAAAUUCAGUAGGUCCCUUAUAUGGAGUUAUGGACAAGGUUGCGUUUUCGAGUGGACUAUCGAGGAGUACGAUGCUAGCUGUUCUGGAGAAUAAGAUGGAAACACAUAUCAAAGAGACCAGAAAGGUUACUGAGAAAAUAUCUAAAGGGGUUACGAAUACAAAGAUGAAAGAGAAAGAUGUACUGAGAUUCAUUGGGAGAUUGUUCAUGAUACGAGGGCAACUGAAUCUAUAUUCCGAACUGAUAGAAACGCCGGAUCUCUAUUGGAGUGAGACACAAUUAGAGGAGAUUUUCAAGAAAAUAUCCAAUUAUUUGGAUAUGAAACCAAGAAUCAGUAUCUUGAAUAGUAAACUGGACUAUUCCACGGAGGAAUGUAGACUAUUAAUCAGUUUACUGAACGAGAGGAAAAGUUCUUUCCUGGAAUGGAUCAUCAUAUACCUGAUUGCAUUCGAGCUCUUCUUUGAAUUGUACCAUUAUUACGAAAGGAAGAAGUACGAAAAAGAUUAUGUAAAUAUAAACUAA